GAGACAUGCGCGGCUGACGAUGGAAGUAGAGGACUCGGGCGGCGUGGUGCUGACCGCCUACCACUCGUACGCGCGCCCCCAGCCGCCCAGCUCCGAGCCGCGCUGCGCGCCCCGGGCCGCCGCCAGCCACCCAGGCAGCAGAAAAUCCAUUUCUCGCUGCCGAAGAAUUAGCAGGAUGCUCUCCAAUGAAUCCUUACAAUCCCCGGCAUUCAGCCGCUCCAACUCUCAAGCCUCCAUAGACAGCGCCUCCAUGGAGGAUUUCUGGCGGGAAAUAGAAAGUAUCAAAGAGAACAGCCUGGGAGUUCAGGAAGAGCAGACGCCAGCUGAGGCCAAGCCCCUGGAUGAAGGAGAACUUGAAGCAGAGUGGUUGCAAGAUGUAGGUUUAUCAACCCUGAUCUCGGGUGAUGAAGAGGAGGAUGGCAAAGCCUUGCUCUCUACUUUGACUCGAACCCAAGCAGCUGCAGUGAAGAAGAGAUACAAUACUUACACUCAAACCAUGAGAAAAAAGAACAAGCAAUCCGUCAGGGAUGUCAGAGACAUCUUUGGAGUCAGCGAAUCUCCUCCAGAUGAUUUUUGUUGUAUCCCAGCUCCUCUUUUGGAUGUGAACCCAGAUGAAGAAGGGAUGCCAGCAGUUCCCUGCAGAAAUGGUCAACUGCCAGGCGAUACCUGUGACAACCAUCCUAGUCAGUUGGACGGCACCCAGGAGGAAAAAGAGCUGCCGGGAGUUAUCAAAACAGGUGGUUCCUUGCCAGAUGAUGCGUCUUUCAACAUUACUACCCUGUCAGAUGGGUCCCGAGAUGAAGAAGGGAGUUUUGCAGUUCCCAGGAGUGGCUCCAUGUCUACCCUGGAGACUAUUCCAGAUGUGCCAGCUCAUUCCAAUGGCUCAGCAGACCCUGGACAGUCGGUGCAGAACGCAGUGAGUGAUGAUGAAUAUCUGGAAAAGGACAUUCCACUACAAGCUGAAGAGCUGUCCUUUGAAGUAUCUUAUUCAGAAAUGGUUACAGAGGCUCCAAAAAGAAAUAAAUUUAAGAAGUCAGAUUUUAAGAAAGAAGACUAUGUUUUACCUAAAUUUAUUGUUCAGAAAACCAGAUUUGGCCUAACUGAAGCAGGAGAUCUGUCUGCUGAAGACAUGAAGAAAAUCCGCCAUCUCUCUCUGAUUGAAUUGACGGCCUUUUUUGAUGCCUUUCGUAUUCAACUGAAAAGAAACAAAACGGAGAAAGUAAAAGGACGAGACAGUGGGAUUUUUGGAGUUCCUCUUACAGUCCUGCUGGAAAAUGACCGAAGGAAAGAUGCUGGAGUGAAAGUUCCCCUUGUGUUACAAAAAUUCUUUCAGAAAGUUGAAGAAUCGGGUCUGGAAUCUGAAGGGAUUUUUCGACUUUCAGGAUGUACUGCCAAAGUCAAGCAAUACCGUGAAGAACUGGAUGCCAAGUUUAAUGCUGAUAAGUUUAAAUGGGAGAAAAUGUGCCACAGAGAAGCUGCAGUAAUGUUGAAAGCAUUUUUCAGAGAACUACCCACCUCUCUCUUCCCUGUGGAAUAUAUACCUGCUUUCAUCACUCUAAUGGAAAGAGGGCCUCACAUCAAAGUACAGUUUCAAGCCUUACACCUCAUGAUCAUGGCACUGCCUGAGGCCAACAGGGACACAGCCCAGGCCCUCAUGACAUUCUUCAAUAAAGUCAUUGCCAAUGAAUCAAAAAACCGAAUGAGUAUAUGGAACAUUUCUACUAUAAUGGCACCAAAUCUUUUCUUCAGUAGAAGCAAACAUUCUGACUGUGAAGAAUUACUCUUAGCAAACACCGCUGCCCACAUCAUCCGCUUGAUGCUAAAGUACCAGGAGAUGUUGUGGAAGGUUCCAUCUUUCUUAAUCGCUCAAGUCAGAAGAAUGAAUGAAGCCACCAUGUUGUUAAAGAAACAGCUUCCAAGUGUCAAAAAGCUGCUAAGGAGGAAGACCAUAGAACGAGGGGUUAUAAGCCCCAAGACUUCAAAGGUACUACAAAAAUCACCCUCUACAAGAAGAAUGUCUGACGUGCCGGAGGGAGUCAUAAGGAUCCACGCACCCCUUCUCUCCAAGGUGUCCAUGGCCAUUCAACUCAACAGUCAAACCAAAGCCAAAGACAUAUUGGCGAAAUUUCAAUAUGAGAACAGUCAUGGUUCAUCAGAAGGCGUUAAGAUCCAGAACCAAAGAUUAUAUGAAAUUGGAGGUAAUAUAGGACAGCACUGCUUGGAUCCAGAGGCUUAUAUAUUGGAUGUAUAUCAUGUAAAUCCCCAGGCAGAAUGGGUGAUUAAACCCCAACCAAGUGUUUGA